AUUUUUGAUAAAAUAAAUUAAAUUUAGGUUAUUGACUAAGAUAUUAUCAUUAGUAUUACAAUGUAAUAGUCUAUUUAAGAAGAUUAAAGUAAACCUUAAUAUUGGGCAGAUAAAUUAGGAUUGAUUUUACAUCCUGAGGGUGGACAGUUUAAAGAGCUUUAUAGAAGCUAAGACUUGAUUGAAGGCUAAUAAAGAUAAAGCCUUUCAUCGAUAUACUUCUUUUUAGAUCAUUAAAGUCCAAUCUCUCAUUUCCAUGAAGUUGAUACAAAUGAAUUGUUUAUAUUCUAACAUGGUGCUCCUAUGGAAAUCGUUAAAAUUUUGGAAGAUGGAUCUCUUAAAAUCGAAGUAUUAGGACCAGAAAUCGAUAAAGGGCAAUAACUUGUUUGCAAGAUUCAUCCCUGUAAAUAUUUUGCUAGUAAAACUUUAGGCUCAUACACACUAUUUUCUUGCGUUUGCUGUCCUGCAUUUUAAUAUGAAGGAUUUAGAAUGAUUCCACACAAAGAAUUAAUAGAAAAAUAUCCCUAAUAUGAAAAAAUAAUUAACGAAUAUGCAUUAAAAAUAUGA